AUGCAGGACGGACGGCCCGGGAGGAGCUGCGGGACGCCCUGCGGGCAGCCGCCGCCCGCCGCCCGCCCGCCCCCGCUCUCGGUGCCCGGCCCGGGGCCCGCCCCGCCGGCCCUGCCCGCGCUGCCGCCCCUGCUGCCGCCCCUGCUGCCGCCGCUCGCCGCCCCGCCCCGGCCGCCCGCGGAGCCAGGCGGCGGCCCCCGGGGCGGCCUGGCCCGCUCGCUGCGGAAGGCGGAGGCCAUGCUGCGGAGCUGCGUCGGCCCCGGCCUGCGGCGCCUGCUGCCCCCCCCGCCCGGCCCGGCCGCCCCGGGCGGGGACGCGGAGGAGCGCCCCGAGGCGCUGGCGGGGCUGGAGCGGAGCCUGGCGGGGCUGCGCCGCGCCUUCCGCGCCUGGGAGGACCCGCGCACCGAGACCUUCCGCGGCCACGUGCGGCACCAGCCCGCCGACGCCUUCUCCUUCCACCCGCUGCACCCGCGCGUGGCCGAGCGCGGCGCCACGCUGCAGGCGCUGCUGCAGCACCGCCACCUCCUGCGCCUGGCCCGCGAGUACUGCCGCCGCCUGCACGCCGCCUCCGCCUUCCUCCGCCGCCUGCUGCCCGGGGCACCGGGGGCGGCCCGGCCGCUGCGGGGGCUCUGCGAGGAGCUGCGGGCGCACGCCGGGCACUGGAGCGCGCUGCAGCGGCGGAUGCGCGGCGAGGCCUGGCUGCGCCCGCUGCUGCUGCGCCGGCACGAGGCGGUGGCGCACAUGCGGCGGGCGCUGGGGCUGCUGGCGCUGCAGGCGGCGCGGCUGCUGGAGGCGCGGGCCGAGGAGGCGCUGAGGGGCCUGGCGAGGGCCGGGCCCCCGGGUCCCCCCCCGGCGCUGCUCGCCGACCUCUUCCAAGGGCUGGAGAUCUACAACCGCGUGCUGGGCGACCUGGACCCCGAGCUGGGCUCCGUCCAAGGCUGGGCGGGGGGGCUGCCCCGCGCCUUCCCCCUGCACAGGGUGCUGGCGGUGCUGGCGGCUGAGCGCGGCCGGCUGGCGGCCAAGCGGCUCGGGCAGCUCCUGCAGCACAGGGCAGAGGGCACCGUGCUUUGGCCUCCAGCUGGCUGCCCCAUCGCAGCGGAGGAUGUGGGACCUUCGGGCCGGGGAGUGCUGCAGAACCUCCCCGAGGAGCUGCGGGCGCUGUGUGUGGAGGACAAGGAGCUCGUUGGCCCCGUCCUGGAGGUGCUGGUGGCCUCCGCUGACAGCCUCUGGCGCCACGUGCUCAGCGAGCCGGCGGGGAGCCCCGUGCCCCCAUGCACGGCCCCGCGGCCGGGCUCCCCGGGCUGGAAGUCGGUGCGGUGGCUGGACGCGUCCCACGCGGCAGCAGCCGAGGCCCUGUACGCCCGGUACCUCCCGCUCUUCUGGGACGCCACCAGCGCCGCGCUGGGCCUGCGCCUGGAGCUGCCGGACUGCAGGGCAGGACGGGCCCCCAGCAACACGCAGGAGCUGCACCAGGCACUCGCCCAGGGUCCCUGCGGAGUGGCCGCCUCCAGGAGACCCCCAGCCCUGCACCAGGGGCCAAGGGUCCUGCAGGGCGUCCCUCAGCGCUGUCCCCCUGCAGCCUGCGUCCCCCCGGAGUGCCAGGAGGAGCUGGAGCGGCUCUGCCUGCGCCUGCUGUGCCAGGGCGUCCUGCGCACCUGGGAGCGAGACUUCACCCGGGCACUGGGCUCAGGGCUGUGUGACCGGUGCUCAGCGGUGCCGGAGCCGUCACGGGGAGCGGCGCAGAGCAGCACCGCCCGGCUCCUGCAGCAGCUCUACCCAGGCCUGUCCUUCGCCCUGCGACACCUGCCGCCCGUGCUGGAGGGCAGCCCCCCUGGCUCGCCCUGCCUGCGCCUGCAGCUGCUGGGCCGGUGCCUGGCCACGGUGCAGGCCUCCUGCUCCUGGCUGAUGGGCAAGGCCUUCCAGUACCUGGCAUCCUGGUCCCUCCACCAGUUCCUGCUCGUCACCCAGGGAGACCUGCAGCUGCUGAAGGCCGAGACGGACGCGCUGGUGCUGCUGGUGAGCGCGGCCUUCCCGGAGCCCGGGGACAGCCCCCAGCACCUCGCGCCCCACCAGCGGCUCCGGUCCCACCAGGAGAUGUGGCUGUGCCAGCAGAUCCGCUCCAUGGCUGCCAGCAUCCAGCAAUUUGCGGGGGAAGUGCUGAAGAUGUUCUCCACCGACUGCAAGCGGAUGUCGGCCGAGAUCUUUGACCAGACCAUGCCACUGGGCAAGCACUGGAGGGUCAGCCUCCGAGCCGAGCUGCCCAGCUCCCCCAGCGAGUACGCGGCGGCAGCGGCCCAGACGGUGCUGGGCCAGGUCCUGCAGGGUGCCCAGCUGCUGCCCCGCGACUGCCAGGUGCCCACCCUGGCCCGGGUCACGACGGCCUUCGUGGAGGCCUGGAUGGAUCACAUCCUGGCUCAGAAGAUCAAGUUUAGCCUGCAGGGCGCCCUGCAGCUGCAGCAGGACUUCGCGCUGGUGCGGGACCUGGUGCAGUCGGAGCACUACGGGCUGGCGCCCGAGACCCGGCAGUCGCUGCUCUCCCUGCGCGUCUUCCAGCAGAUGGACAGCGCCAUCCUCUGCCUGCUGCAGCAGCCCAGCGGCAAGGCCUACCUGUCCUCCCACCCCUGGCCCUCCCUGCGCCAGUGCUGCUCCAACAACGGCGCCCGCACGCAGGAGCUGGGCGCGAGCAGCCUGGAGACCCUGGAGGCGCCGGGGGCCGCGGCGGGGCCCCCCCCGGACUCCCCCAGCACGGAGCCUCCCGGCCAGCUGCGCGCCCCCCCCGAGUCCUACCUGGCGGGCAGCCAGCAGCAGUGGCUGGCGCUGCGGCUGCGCGGGGCCCGGCGCUGGCGUGUGCCCGGCCUGCCCUGCAUGGCCAAGAGCCCCGAGGGCUGAGCAGCAAUAAAGCGCCCAGCGAGCUGAGCUGA